CAAUGUUAGAAACCUUAUAGGAUCACGUAGUCAUAGUCAUUGUGUUAUACGUUAUUGUACACAAAUAACUCAGACACACCUACACGAAAUAAUGAUCAUCAACACAAUUUUCCUGGUCAUAAUAUUGCAAAUUUUGUAUAGAUAUGGUAAUGCCCGGCCUAUUCCUCUUCAACGACCACCUAUUCCUGUUCAGAUCAAUAAAAGUAACUUUACAAAAAAUAUCCAGAUCGAGAGGACUAACAUUACGAAAAAUGGUUCCAUGGAUGCCAUUGAACAGAACUCGUUAUUCAACGAAUUUCCAAUGUCUGCGGCCAUAUUAAAUUAUACAAUAAGGCAUAUUGCGCGGAAAAAGCGAAUAACCGAAACCGGAAAAGAAAAUGAAAAUGAAAAAGAACAAGAAAAAGAAGAUGAAAUAUCGCCCGAAGAACUUCUGAGGUUGCACACGCCAUGCGACAUGGAUCUGGCAAAGGUAAACGACCACGAUAUUCCCCCAAAUUGUCGGAGUGCUCACGACAGCCGAUUUGAUUCGAAGCAGAAUUUCAAAGUUUUUCGACUAUACCAAAUUGAGGCCUUCAUGUUUGGCCAGCAUUAUGAGCGCUUUCGGCGAUUUGAAACGGAACAGCACACCUUUGAUUACAAAUAUUCCAUCAUGUUUAAUAGUGACUCGGUUUACGCCUAAUAAAUUGUAUGUUAACAUUCCACCUUA